UAGAAAAAUCAGCUGACUAAUGUUCGAAUAUCACAAGUUUAUAUGUACACAAGUUUCAUAAUACAUUUUAAAGUAUUUAAUUUGUUUGAUCGAUAAACAUAAAAUUAGAUCAAUAAUGUUGUCAACAGUAACGAGAAUCACUCGAGGAAAUAAAUUUUCUUACUCAGUACUUGCUAUCAUUACAAAUAAUCAUAUUGAUAAUAAACCUGAACAUUUAUAUCAAAGAUUAUCAAGAGGUUAUAGUGCAUUAAAUUUUAAAAAAUAUUUGAAUAAUUACAAUACUGAGUACUUGUCUCACGCACCAACAACGACAACACCAACAUUAAUUAAUUUUUAUUCUGAUAAUCCAUCAAAUUUAUUUGAAUCAGAAUUAGAUUCUGUUCAAUUUGAAAAAAUAUCAAAUGACACACUUGAUUCAUUGACGGAGUAUUUUGAUGAAUUGAUUGAGCAGGCGACACAUCUAGAUGAUGCUGAUGUAUCCUAUGGGGACGGUGUGUUGACAGUUAAAUUUGGUAAUAAAUACGGUACAUACGUGAUAAAUCGGCAGACACCGAAUAAACAGCUCUGGUUAUCAUCGCCAACUUCUGGACCUAAACGGUAUGACUUUAUUGAUGGUACAUGGAUUUAUAAACACGAUGGAAAAUCCCUUCACGAGCUUCUUGAUAAUGAAAUCCCAUCAAUCGUUAAUAAUACCACAUUGUUUAAUGAUAAAUGUUCAUACUCCAAAAAACAUAUUAAAUAAAUUACUAAUUAAUUAAA